CUCGCUGCCGGGCGGCUGCUGGCGGCGCCUCCCGUCCCGUCCCCGUCCUGUCCCGUCCCGUCCCGGCGAUGUCCAGCGGGGGCAGCCGGCGGCGGGCCGGCCCCUCAUGGCACAGCACUUUGUCUCGCUUCUUCUCCAGGAGCCCCCCCGGCGAGGGAGCUGCGAGCAGGCUUGUCAAAAUGAAGAGAAGAACCAUUCCACAGAAGAACUUUGCAAGUCUGAAAUCCAGGAGGAACUGAAAAAGGCUAAUAGCCUUCCUAGUUUGACUCCUGGAACCAAAACAGCAGAUAAAGACAAGCAACCCCGAGAAGGUUUUUUUCAUUUCCUUGGAAGCUUAUUUAAUAUUGCAACAAAAUCUUCUUUGGUGGAAUCUAAACCCUCUACCUUCCAAGAUGAACCCAACAGAUGUGAAAAGGAUUUACAGAACACAAAUACCUUUCCAAAGGACGUGCAGCCAAAGCAUCCGAAAAUUGAAGAGCCUCUCUGUUCUACAGCCAGGAAAAAAGAAGAUUCUGUAAAUAAAGGGGAUGCCACCUUAAACAACAUUGGGAAAGAUAUCUCACAGGAUCUGCGAGGAGGCUGGAAACAAGCUGCAGAUACACAAAAGCACAUGCAACGGAAGGCAGAAGCACCUGCGGUCACCUAUGCAACGUAUCGAGGUUCUGCAAGGAUCAGGCAGCUGCUGAAGAGUCAGUCAGAAGUUACUGGGAAAGGAGAAGAAAAUCCUGAGAACAGAAAUGUCUCAAUGGUCAAAGAAAAUGGACAAAUCCAAAGAACUCCGUCUCUGAAAUCAGGACGCCCAGUAGAAGAAGAUGGAAGAGAUGAGGGUGAAGAUCCCCAAGGUGAUGCCGAAUUAAAUCCUUCUGCUCUUAGAGGGGGAAGCAAACAGUCUGGUAAAGCUCAGCACGGCUUGGGUAGAAGUAAACAUGAAAUAACUGCAAAGGCCACAACAUCAUCGACUGGACCGUGUCAUGAGCCCGAUUUAAGACAUGAACCUGCUUUAGCUGCAGCAGAAGUUAAAAGGACAUUUUCGCUUGAUUCAUUGUUGUCAUUUAGCAAUAGAAACGGUGAGAUCCCGACCAAUUCCACUUCCCGGGUUACUCCGUCCCUCAAAGUGAGUUCUGCAAACGACUUGACUGGAAAAGAAGAUGGAUUGCCAGGAGAAGCAGAAGCUCUGUUUCAGACAAACAAAAAUGCCACUUUUAACUUGGAUAAAGAAAAGGAUUGUAGUAAAGCAGCUAAUAAGGAGUCCCCAAAAGAAACACAGGAUGAUUGUUUACAUUCAUCCAAGUCAAAAAGUAAGACAUUUUAUGAGGAACUAGAGGUGGGUAAGGGAGGAUUUUGCUUUAAUCAUCAACUGGAAAAUCACUCGGAGCGAUUGUUGGGUGUCCAGAUGCUUCAUUUCAGUACCAUUACAUUUCAGCAGGAGGCAGAUCAGCAAACUGGUAGUGCAAACAAAGGCAAUGAUCCAAGAAAAAGUGAUACACAGAAGAUUGUGGCAACUGUAGAAAGAGAGCAAAAUCCACAGGACUUUUCUGCUGCUGUGCUUUUACCUUUUAACGAACAACUACCCGCUUCACUUAGCGUGGAAUCCAGCGGACAAAAGUGCCUGGCCACAGGUGAUCUGGGGACUUCAGUGUCAUCUACUGGACAUGAUGAAGGCAGAGUCAUGGGCAGGGAGACUUGGAAAGAACUGAGUGACUUAGGGAGACCAGUGCAUGUACCAAAUGGACACAAGUUAAUCCAUGUGGAGAAUUCCAGGGACACUAUCACACAGCAGCAUGGUUUACCUCAUCUAGAGACUGAGGGUGUGGAAACAAUGAAGGUUUUAUCUGAGGUUGCAGUAGAAAAUGUUGCCAAUGUAUCACCAUGCCUAUGUGGGUGUCAGAGUGUGAAAACUAAUUUGGAUGAGCUGACAGCACCUCUCUCUGUAACUUCCAAGUCUUCUGUUGAAACUGGAGGCUGUUGCUCAGCUUCCCUUCAUCCGAGCUGCAAGUUCAAAAAUAAAACUGUGGGGAAAAGAGAAAUCAGCUUAAAAGGUUCCAGAGAGACACUUUCUCAUCCUGAUCUUGAAUAUGAGAAGAGGAAAUCGUUUGAGACUGUAGAUAUGACCCUCUCAAAAAACUCUAUUCCUGUUCACAACCUUGGUCCUGUUUCUCUUGAAACUAUUGAAGGCAGUCCUACCAAGACAUUUACACUCGUGGAGGAUAACACUGCACCUUGCCCUUUAACCAAUCAUACUCCUGCUAGUUCUAAAACCAAUAAGACUGGUAUGACUGGGGCUGAUCUUAUUACUUCUGAGUGUGAAGACUGCAUCUUGGAAUUUACAUCCCAUAUUUCUAAGUCACGAGAAAAAAAUCUGGCAGUUUCUCGUUCUGCCUUGAGACAUGAAGGAAGACCUCUGACCAACCACUCUUCUUUCACCUGUGAAAAAGGUGAUGUAGGCAUCACUUCUGAAUCUCCACCUGUUUCUGAAAAGAGUUAUAAUAAUUUUUCUUCCAAGAAGGAAAAUGGCAAUAAGCCUAGGAUAUCACCCACAGUACUUGAUUCUUCAUCUGACAGCCAAGGAAAAAUGCUGCCUUCUGCCACUAACUCUGAAAAUGGCCAGAUUGCUGCUUCUCAACAGAACAGCUUUAUUUUUGCAGUUGCAGAGUCUAGGAGAAUCAUCCCUGAGGGCAACAUGAAUGAGGGGACACCUUGCUCAGGAGACCCAAGAGCUUUGAGCCCAGCUGGUUCUCUAGAAUGUGAGAUUAUUCCACCUAUGCUUGAUAGCUCUGCUGAUGGGGUAAAUGUAGGGGGUGUUUACAUCCCCAGGCCCACUUCAGUUUCUCUGCCAUCCAGAGAGGCCUCCAACCUUUCUGUUUCUGCCUUGAAGAUGUCAGGCAUUGCUCAGGGGAACAGUAACUCCUCCAGCCACAGAGCUCAUGAUGGGGCAGAGGAAGCCUUCACACACCAGGCUGACAGCAGUGUGCUGGCAGAGGCAAUGCCACCACCCAUCUGUCCUUUGAAACCUUUGGAAACAGCAGCCGAGCCGGCCUGUGCUGGGACUGUGUGCAGGAGUGCUGUGGGACAGGUGGGCCUUGGUGCCUGUGCACCUGCAGAGUCAGCUGGACUCUGUUCUGAGGGACAAGAACAGGCUGCACUCCGAGAUGCUGCGUUGUUUAGGAAAGCUGAAGAGAUUGUGCAUUCGGUUUUACAUUUGGCUACAGAGGAGAUAAUAGCAAAGCAAGCCUUUGGUGUCUGCCAGCCUUGUGGUAGCAAGGAUAGUUUAGUAAACAGGGAUAUUCUAAAUUAUCAGAAAGCUGAAGCUGUACAGCUGGAAGCAGGAGAAAUCCAGUCAGCUGCGCAGUCAUUAAAAGAUUUUAAUGAGAGCAGUGGAGGAGGCUCAUCUUCAUUUACAGGAAAUGAAAGAGUGGAUACAAAUAAUCAAGAUGAAAAGACACUCUCUUGCAUCCCUGAUACAAUUGACCUACAUAGUGCACUAGCAUUAAAAGCAAAAGAAACAGUUGAGGAAGUCAUUAACUCAGCCAUACAAAAACUGGCAUCCAGUCAGUGGCAAGGCACUGAGAGUAAAAGGCCUUCUGAAAAAGCUGAGCCUAAACCUGAGGCUGAAAUGCCAAAGACUUUAAAUCUGGAUACAAAGUUUCCUGCCAAAACCCAGGAACCAACAGAGAUGAAGGAAACUCGGGGUGUAACUGUAAACUGUGAAAAGGAAGAUUGCUUAGAUCCUCCUUUGCUUCCAAAUAGUGUGGCAAAUGGCAUAGAUUGGCCCCAAAGAGAUGAAAAGAUACCAAAAAAUGCAGUUACUUGUCAAGCAAAUGGAUUUCUUCUCACUGGUAGUUUAGCAAGGCCAGAAUCAGAUCUAAUGACACCGGCAAAAGAGAGGCACAAGAGAAUGGUGUGUGAACAUGUGGCUGCAGCAGAAAUGUGUGGCACAGCUGGAACAUCGGCAAGGAAUAGAAAAUCCGAUGGAUCUUUGCAUUUUGUGCAUAGAGAUGCUGCUGUGACUGAAGAAACGCUUUUGCCAUUGCAGUUAAAAGGUUCAAGCAAUAGUACAAAUGUGCCAGAAUGCAUAUUACUGCCAGCUGUAAAUGCUAAUUUGUCAUCUUUUGUGCCUGAUGAAGAAUCUAUUGGCAUGCAGAGUGAAUCCAAAGAUAAAAGCAGUCCUCAGGUGUCUCUGGAAAGCAGUGCAAAGGACAGUCCUUAUGAGCACUGCAGAAGAGAGGCUGCAGAGGUAGGAGCUGCACAAGUAAAAGCGACCUUAGAAGAUUCAAAGGCAGUGGAGAGUGAAGAUGAAGUUGCAGAAGGGGCAAGUGAGAGAACAGAGGUUAAUACUGGAUUAGAUACACAGUUCAUUGUACCUGAAUUGUCUGUUCCUGGAGAGGACAGCGAAGGGAAACAGUGCUUCAACACAGCCUUUGCCCAGAAUAAUGGGAGUCUGAAGCAGGCGAAAAUGAACGAUCAGGACACGGAGGGAAAUGAACAACGUGAAAAAAAUGGUCUGGACUGCAGUGAUGACAUGAAGGAAUCAACAGAACUUUUGACCUCUUCUCCACUCAUUGAACAGUGGGAAAACAGUUCUUUCACUAUCAUUUAUGAAGGUGCUCUGCAGACUGAGAAUAAAGCCAUCUCAACUGAUGACAUGCAAGCCGGAUCACUUCCUUCUCCUGGUUUGCCCUCAGACAAUAUGGACCAUGCAGCGUGUGCAAGAGCCAAGAAUGAGCACGAGUCAGCCUGUCCCUGUGGGCAGGACACCAAGCUGAACGGAGCCACCGAUGGCCGUGGCCCGGAGUCAUUUCUGAGUGUGGAGGCCAGGCGCUACAGGGUGUAUCCUUUCUCGUUGUCUCCCAUCUAUGAAGAUGACAGCUCCCAGGAGGACUUGCUUUCCACGGAUGUGUCCCCGGGAAGCCGUCCUGGUGGAAAAUCCAAAGAUAACUCUGAUCAUGCUUCCGUGCUUUCCCUUCUCCAGUCAGUCUCUGAGCGCUUGCAGUUCACUACUCGGUUCAGUGAGGAAGAGGAGGAGGAGGAGGAUGGAGUGGAGCAGGAAGAAUCAUCAUAUGAGGAAAAUACACUUGAUGCUGAGGGAGAAGAGGACUGUCUUUCCAGCCAGUGGAGAGGGAGUUUAAAAACAACCCUUCAGUCAAACGACCAAAAUAGAUCUUUGCUUCCUGAACCUCCUGAAUCGUUUCUUCUUUCUAAAGAACAGCUUGACUCGCAGGAGCAACCAGAACAGUUUCCAGAUGUGGCUUCUCCCACUCAAACACCUUGUAAAUCAGCUUCAGAGAAAGCUGAUGGUGCUCUAACACAUCCUCCUAUGAGUGUCUACUACCAGUACUUGAAAUCUGCCAGCACUUGCUCUUCUGAGAAGGGGACCAGGUUUGGGAGCAUUCUCCAGGAUAUGCUGCAGCCAAAGAUUCACUGGUCUCAGGACAAUGCCGUGCCAAAACUGGGAGAAUUGUCAGCGAACCUCAUUGACAGGGCAAGUCUCAAAUACAAUCCAAGACCAGGAAAGAUUGUUAUUUAUGAUACUUAUGGCAACAAAAGUAAACAAGAAGUUCAUUCUGAUGUGCCAGAUACCUCAUCAUGGAACUUUCCCAUUGGAGCAUUACUUAGAAUAAUUAGAGGAUGUUGGAUUUUUUAUGAGAAACCAAAGUUCCAGGGUCGAAAAUAUGUCCUAGAAGAAGGAGAGGCUGUGCUGGAUCACCUUUGGGAUCUCCCAGGCGUGAAACAUCAUCAAAGAAACCUCACAGUUGGUUCAAUCAAACAUGUAACAAAGGACUGUGGUGUUCCAGAGGUGGAGUUCUGCCUGGCAGCUGGAAGUGCAGAGGGGCUUCCUAUCUGCAUACAGGGUGCAAUUCCCAAUUUAGAAGAGCUGGAUGUUGAGAAAAACCCUUACAUAAAGGUCAAAUCAGGAGUAUGGCUUGCUUACUCAGACUUCAAUUACAAGGGAGAGAUGAUAGUUUUGGAAGAAUUCAAUUUGCCGUCCGAAAUUCCUUCAGCAGAUGUUAAAUCCCUGCGUCCCUUAAAAAUGGGUGGACUAAAGGUACAAAUGCCAAUGAAUGUCAAGAUAAUAAUAUAUGAGAAAACCCACUUUGGAGGAUGGUCCAAAGAGUUUUCAGAAAACAUCACUUCUGUCCCAGCACUGUUUGCUGACCAAGAGGAGUUCCAGGAAAUUGGAUCAAUACGUGUAAUUGGUGGAGUGUGGGUUGCCUAUGACAAGGAGCGCUACAAAGGCCAUCAGUACUUGCUGGAGGAGGGAGAUUAUGAAGACAGACAUUCCUGGGGGGGAACUGACAGUGUCCUCCUGUCUUUCCGGUUCCUGCAGGCUGAUUUCAUAGAGUCAUCAGUGGCGCUUUUUCAGUCUGAUGAUGAAGAUGGGAAGGCAUUAGACAUCACCAGUGAAGAAGUCCCUGAUUUGGAGAAGGCUGGAUUUGGCCCCGAGACGAGGUCUAUUCUUGUGAGGAGUGGAGUGUGGGUGGCAUAUAAGCAGAAAUAUUUCUGUGGAGAACAAUAUGUAUUGGAGAAAGGAAAAUACAAAUGCUUCUUUGACUGGGGAGGAUCCAGUAAAACAAUCAUGUCAAUUCGACCUGUGAAGCUGGAACCACUUGGAAUGAACGAGCCUCCACAUUUGCUCAAAGCUUUCAGUAAUACACAUUUCCAAGGAGCAUGUAUAGAUUUCACAGCAGAAGUUUCUGAUUUUACAUCAUUCAUACCAUGUUCUUUUAAGGUUCUUCGGGGAUGUUGGCUCCUGUGUUACGAGGGGGAAAUCACUGACAAUCACUGUGUGCUGGAAGAAGGGCUCUACGCUGACCUCAGUUCCUGUGGCUGCCCGACUGCUACAAUCAAAUCCCUCAAGCCUAUUCAAUAUGUUUUUGCUGAGCCUUCCAUCAGUCUUUUCACCCUGGAAUGCUGCAAGGGCAGAGAGCUGCACUUCAGCGAACCCAUCAGCUCUGUUCUGAAUGAGGACCUUCAUUUUUGCACUCAGUCUGUGUGGGUGAGGAGCGGACUGUGGAUUGCGUACGAGGGAUGUAAUUUUUUAGGAAGGCAGAUUCUGCUGGAGCCCAGUGAGAUUUCAAACUGGAAUGAACACAGUGGCUGGAAAGUAAUUGGCUCCCUUCGUCCCAUGAAGCAGCCUGCAGUGUACCUGAGGGUGAGGAACCGAGCCCAGGGUCGGUACCUGACUGUGGCUGGGAGCCUGGCAGACGUCAGAGCAACGUCAGUGUGUGCAUCCCCCUACAACGGCAGGAACACCCAGGUCUGGCACUACUGCCGGGGACUCUUCAAGUCCAGGGCCAACAAUGCCUGUCUGGAUGUCAUUGGUGGCAGAGAUGUGCCUGGGGCCAAAGUUGCCCUCUGGGCAGAGCAUGGGAAGGACAGACAAAAGUGGAGAUUCAACGAGGAUGGAACCAUCAGUUCAUACCUCAGUGAACAACUGGUGCUUGAUAUUAAAGGAGGAAAUUAUUAUGACAAGAACCACAUCAUUAUGAAUCAGCCAGUAGAAGACAGACUUUCACAGAAAUGGGAUAUAGAAGUACUGUGAGUAAAACCCACCCCACGGAUGGACCUUGUGCGGGCUAUUAACGUCUAUCUUAGAGGGGGAAAACAAGAACACAGCUACUGAAGUCACACACCACUGGAACCAUAAGCAGCAACUCCUCUCUACUUUCCUUCAUACCAUCUCUUAAAAGAACUGAAUUUUGCACAAAUCUGGAAGAGGGGAGGUUGAUGCAAUGUCUCUCUGCAAGGAAGCUGAUUUUUCAGAGGCUGCUCCUGUGAAAGUCACUAUUACUCUUCAUCUGCAGUAUGAAAGGUAUGAAAGUAUAAAAGACUAGACAUAGGUUUUGCAGUAUAGGAACUGCAAGAGAUAACAUGUGAAAGGCUCUUCAGAGAUACUGUCUUUAUCUUCCUCACACUGAUGGAAGCUCCCCAAGGAAUGAAUGCACUGGUGAGCUUGAAUGAAGGUGAGAUGGACUUUCAUGUCCCAAGUGAAACUGUUUGGGCUCCAAGCAAUUGUGAAGCUCAAAUCUUGCUAAAAUGCAAUUUAUUAUGUUCAUAAAGACAACUUGGAACUGGAAUUCCAGCUCAGCAUGUGAAAUGAGGUGACAGAGAAAGCCUGACUCUCACCCCCUCAACGUUACUUGUCGGCCUUUGCCUUCUCUCGUUUUCAUAGUACCAAAUUCCCAGAGCCAGGAACUGUUUUUGCUGCCCCGUGGCCCGUUUACUGCCCACGCAAUUGUGAGUUAUCCUUGAAGAUCACCUUUAACAGGAGCCAUAUGUGCAUGUAUCAAACCAGGGAUAAAUGGCCCUGGGUCAGGCUGCACUUCUGCAAGGGCUAAAGCUGCGUUUAGCACAGCAGCGAUUUCAAAUGUAGCUGUAUUUUUGGUUCAGUGUACAGAGCUUAAUUUAAUGCAAUGUCAUUUGGUGUUGAAACCAUGUCUUCCUGCAGAAAACAGCUCACCCUGGCAUGUGUUUUCAAAGGUGCUGGCAGCCUGCAUUCCAGUGCUUGCUUGAUGAGAAAUCCCUCAGAUCACUGGUUUCAGCAUCACAUACCUACUUCAUUGAAAAUACCUUCUUUUUUUCAUAUUUGUAUAUUCAGGGUAUGUUUUCCAGGUAUGUAUUCUAAGACUAUUUAAAGAGUUCAGGUUAGCUAAAGACAAGGUAUUUUAGAUUCCAAAAGCUGUAACUAUUGUGCACUCAAACAGGAUCACCCCAAACAAAUAAAGACAUAACCCUAUGUCUGCCAUAGAUAAAAUAUAUAGAUGUCUAUUUUUGUAUGAAAUGGAGUUCUAUAUAGUAUUGUUUAAAAAAAAAAUCUACUUGCACUUACUGUUUUACAUUCUAAAAUUAUCAUAAAUCUGCUGUUUGAGUAACAGAUCCUCAAAUAUAUGUAUAUAUUUUUCCAACUAAAACAUUUGUUUAGCUUUUUUCCAUGUAAAUCAGUACAUCAAGUGUUCUGCACGUGACUUGCUUUCCAUAUGAAAUUUUAAAAGCCUGUGUAAAAAGUUGUAGUUUUUUUAAUGAAGAAUGACUAAAUCAGAUUUGGUGUCUCAGUGUUACAUAACAAAGCGAAGCAGGCUUUUGUACUUAGGAGACCUUGAAUGUAAAAUGCUUAAGCAUGUAUAUUUUACCUGUAUAAAACUUUUUAGGAGGAACA